GAAUCUUCUUAUAGAUGACACUGUUCAAAACAUAUGGAGCAAAUCACAUCACAGAGUUUAGUAUUUGGGGUUAUACAAAUUGUGCCACGUCUGAAAUAUUUAUUUAUUUAACAAAAUGAGUUCUUGGUUGCAGUAUAUAAGGUCUAUACCUACGCAUAUGGACUAUGAUGGCCAAGGUAGAGCGGAGAAACUUUCAAGAGUCAUCAUAACUCUCUUUGGAGUCGUUGGUCUCAUAUGGGGAUACGUCAUUCAACAAUUUUCUCAAACAAUUUAUAUCCUCGGUGCAGGUUUUGUUAUGGCUGCUUUAGUCACAGUACCACCAUGGCCCAUGUAUCGUCGUAAACCAUUAGAUUGGCAGAAACCACAAGCCGAAGUUAACACAAAGUUAAAAAAGAAAAAGUAAAUUAUAUAGAUAUAAUUUUCCAAACACACUGAUAAUGUGAUCCAAGUUCUUGUUUGACCAAGUGCGAAGGUUAAAGAGACUGACAUUAAUACGGUUAAUAUAAUGUUUUAUAAUCUAUAAAUGCGAGACUUUAAAGAAACAACAUUCCGCAGCAUUUAAUAACCAAUGAUGUAAUACAAAGUUCGUCGUUCAAAUCGUUUUGACAUAUUUAUCCGUAAACAGUGUAAUAGCCAUUUCUAAAAAAAAAUGACACGAUACACUAGAAAAAUUUAUUGGAAUAUAUACAAAAUGUGAUAAUAUUAUUCAAAUAAGAAUAUAAAAAGUAUUCAAGAAAUA